AUGUCCCAGGCUGGUGGCAACGUCUGUACCGAGGAUACAAGGCCGGGCACCGAGGCCCACUCCCGCACCCCAAGCCGAGGCAGCCCCAGCAGCCACAGGAUUGACUGCAUCAUCUGCUAUUCUUCCUAUGACCUGUGCAGCCGGCUGCCACGGCGGCUCUACUGUGGCCAUACCUUCUGCCAGGCCUGCCUCAAGCGCCUCGAUGCCAUCGCCAAUGAACAGCACUGGAUCCCCUGCCCGCAGUGCCGCCAAAAUACCCCCACCCCGCGUGGCGGAGUGGCAAUGCUUGACUUGGACCUGGCUACUUUUCUUGCCAUUAAGGCUGACAAGGAGCACCCCCGCGUGGCUGGCAGGCCUGAGCCUGACUUGGCCACCAAAGGGUCACGCAAAGAGAAGGUUGUCACUGAGCAGCCGUCGGGGCUGUGCCAAGAGCCA